GAGUACCCCUUUAACAAUAUUAAAAAAAGAGUGUUUUAAUUGUUUUGUUCCAACCCCUGUAGGUAAUAUAUAUAAAUGGAUAUUGGGUUAUUUCACAUGCUACAAUACACGGUAAGGUGUUGUAUAGACAACAUUUCACGGGGUAAAAUGUUUGUGCUGCAGAGUUUGCGGUAGAGCCACCAAAUAUUUGUGGUUAAAUCCUUGAUGGAAAAAGUUGCUUUCUAUUUGCACACUGGAAUAUAUAUUAUAGUAUCACUCAGACGUUGCCCACUUAUCAUGUAACUUGCAAGUUUAAAGUCCAAGCCAGGCCCAUGUUGACUUACAGCUCUCAGGUGUAAGCCGUAUCUAUUAGACCAUAAUGCCAUUCCAAACAGGCGUGGAGUCAGAUUCCCAUACUCUGAAACAGAGAAAUACAUAAGAAGACUCUAUCUGGGAUAAGGAACUCUGGAGAAGUCGUUCAUUGUCAAAGUGAUGCCAUGGUGUGUCCCGGUUUUGAGACGAAAGAUGACAUCUACUGCUACUCUCUGGCGAAGGCUUUGUAUUAUGUUGUCUCUCCUGUGACAGUCGGGUUUUAUGCACCAUGGGGUAGACGCAAAGAUUACCUUCUUAACAAGGUGGAAUCAUACCUCUGUCUCGAAGGAAGGAAGAAGGACCAAGAAGAAGAGGGGAGGACUAAACAGAGGACAAGACAGACCAAAGGAAAAGAUCUUAUCAAACUAAUAUUUCUCAUGAUAUUUCAUCAUCCAGUGAUCACAGAAAACCACAAGCAGAGAAAAAAUAUACGUUAUUGCUUCAUCCGCUUUAGUGCAUGGGAAUUUACUGGCAGUGACCAACUUUGGGCAGGUCUGGUUACCACACUCUGUGAUGGUGUAGAAAAUUGCUUUGGAUUGGUACCUAUUAGCGUCUAUCGAGCAGUGGGCAGAAAAACUAAAAUUAUAGAUGCUCCACUCAAACAGGAAUGGGUCAAUAAGAAAUUCCUAUGUAUCCCACUUUGGGUUGCUACAUUGUUAGUGAUCAUCAUUGGAAUCACUGUGGGUGCUUUGAUCCUGAUAUUUGGCUUUCCAUUUGGUGACCCCACAGGAGAUAUGUUGGCUGCCGCUGAAGGUGUUGGGGCAACCGUAGUUGGCAUAUCUGCCGCAGGAGCACUCAGAGUAGCUAUUGUAGUUAUCAGAAAUGCUAUUGUCACUCAGAAAGGUAAAGUCGAACAAAAAAUGAAUCGAACAGAUAUGAGCUCCCAGUUAGGUUUCAUGAGUGAUGUGAAAAGGGAGGUUAAGAUCAUAACCCGUUACCUUCAACUCAUGGAAGUCUUCCAAAGGCAAAAAAUAAGAGUUGUCCUUGAAAUCACCAACUUGGACAAAUGCAUGCCAGACAAAGUGGUAGGGGUUCUAAAUGCCAUGAAUAUCCUCCUCUCUGAUCCAAAUGCCCCAUUUAUUUCCAUUUUGGCAGUGGAUCCACAAAUCAUCAUAGAUUGUGUUGAAAGCUCUUUGCUCUUGAAAGGUAUGGCCAACAAUGGCUAUCAAUUCUUAAACCGCAUUAUAACAUUGCCUUUUUGCAUCCCAAGAAUGGACUGUGCAACUAAAUCAUCCAUAUUAAGAAAUAUUAUUGAAGGCAAAGGUGAGCUAGUUAAAGAUAUGGAAGAAGAUGAAACAUUAGAUAUUGCCAUUCCAAAUGAAAAAGACCAACUUUUACGUCAACGAAUUACCCCUAACUUGAAUAUAAAUGAUAUUCCUUUGGAAGUAAGAAGCUCAAUUGACUUUCAGGAAUCCAACAGCUGUUUCUUAGAAAAAGGACCGAAGACGAAGGCCCUGAUCAAUGAAGCAUUUGAACAUCUUUUUGAUGAGAGUAUGAAAGACUAUAUCACUGACAAUGUUGUUCAUAUCAGAAGAGUGGUAAAUACUAUUACCAUAACCAUCAGGUUGAUGAUCAGAGAAGUACCAAGAAGCCAAAUACAACCUCGCAAAGUUACAGAAUGGGUGCUGCUUGCUACCCAGUGGCCAUGUCGCCUCACCUGGAUAAUGCAGUGCAUUGAGGAUGAGCAACAGAGAAGAUUCCUCAAUGAACAUGAAAACAACAGUGAAUAUUCUUUAUACAGCAGAACUCUCCUUUGGGAUGUUUUUGAGAAGUCUUUGGAGGAGAUGGAUGCUAUAAAGAAAAACCUUGAACAUCUGUUGGAGUUGGAUGGAGAUCCAGAGAUUUUUCACAAACUAUUAUGUGACAACUUUACAGUGAAAGAUGCCAACUUUUUCCUGCCAUUUACUGUUAAUUUAGAUGCUUCUGUAAAAAGGCAAAUGGAACUUCUAAGAGGCAGUAAUAACAUGUGGGAAGCGAAGAAGAGCAACCGACUGACCAUGUUGUCUUUGCUGAACAUGACCGUGCCAGACGUGUGCAAAGAAAUGCACAAACUAGGAUUUGAGGAAGAGAGCCUCCGAAAGUACAAGAAAAAAAUAAAAGAGCACAACUUGAAUGGAAGAGCACUUGUCUAUAGUGAUAAUAAUGCGAUAAAAGAGGUGCUGGAUAUGGCCCUUGGAGACUGGACACUUUUCAGUGUGUAUUUCUUAGGGGUUCUGCCCCCAUCUUCUUCUGCCCCUGCCACUGCUCCAGCUAUUACCAAGCAAGAAGCACUAAAAGUUGGUGCUGGAUCCAAAGAGAAUAUCAUAAAACAAAGCAUGUUAUCUUUGUACUUAUCAAAUGAGAAUAUCUCAUAAAGCUAAGUAGGAAGGAAGCUUCUUCAGUUGUGUCCAAACAUUUCACAUGUUCAAAGAAUUCUCUCUCUAUGGUCUUCUAAGUUCUGUCAUUGGGACCAAAGCGGUACAAGUUUUUAUACAGUAUGUAUGGACACUGAACUACAACCAUAUUGCACCCGUGUGAUAUUCCUGACUGUCCAUGUAAAUAUCAUAAACAAGUAAAUGUAUAGAUGGUUUUAAAAAAGGUCAUUAGUGGUCUGUUUGCAGGAAUUUGGGAGCCCCGAGCAAAAUGGACAUGGAGCCCCCCCCCCCCUUGAUGUUCACGCACACCACGCUCUAGGGCCGGCGUCACAACAUAGUAACGCCGGCCCUUGAAUUCUGGGAGCGCAACGUGAGCGAAUGUCUAUACGAGGCCUCCACAUUAGGUGCAGCAGAGUUCCCCCCACAUUAGGUUGGCAGUGUUCCCCACACAUUAGGCUGGCAGUGUUCCCCCACAUUAGGUGCAGCAUAGUUCUCCCCAUAUUAGGUAGGAAGUGUUCCCCACAGACAUACAGCCUCCAGCCAUAUACAGUGUAUGGCUGGAGGCUGUAUGCCUGUGUACUGCCCCACUUCAGUGCUCCGACCACCGCUCCUCCGGUCCGGCCAUAGCAUUAGCUCCCAGGACCGGAGAAGCGGUGGUCAGAACACCGAAGAUGACAUUCCGCUGGUCACUUACCAAAGCUGGCCAGCACACAUCUUCCUCCUGCUCCUCGAUGCUCCGGUCUUCUGCGUCUCCGUUGCUAUGGGCGCACGCACGGGAAGACAGUGACAUCCCGGCGUACACUAUCUCCCGGCAGCCCCUGCGUUUUUAAGCUUAACGCGGGGCCACAGAGAGUUAACAGGGGCAUCCCUGUGUCCCAAAAACCUCUUUCGGGACACAGGAAUGUCCUUAAUAGUGAUGCAGGGAAUUGCCCCGUUGCUACAGGAUGGGCAAGCACCGGCUCUGCUCGGGGCCCUGGGCCAGCUCGGGGCCCCAAGCAAUUGCUUGGUUUGCCUGUCCUGUAGCGACGGGUCUGUGUUAGAAACAUAAAUUUACUCUAAAAAAAAUUCUACCCAAAAUAAAAAAUGGCCAGAGUAGUAAAUCCUAAGUAAUAGUAACCAAAAUUGAUCAAUUAUGUUUCCGUUUUAUACAGAUUUGCAGUUUUAUGUUUUGCUGUAGAGUCCAUUUUUGAAAACAUUAAAUGGGCACUGUCAUGAAAACAAAAAAUUGAUAUGUUGUAGUACUUAAGUUUUUUUUAGAGUUGCGGGCUGCGUGGCGGGGAGCGGUAUGUGCUCCGGUGUUCAC